CUCCCCUCACUCCGCAAUUUGCAUAGUUGCUGUGAUAUAACCGAAACUCCACCACCACGUACGCAGGUACCGCCGCCGAGGCUGACAGCUCUCCGAAUCGUCCACGCCCAUAAACGCGCAGCAUGUCGGCCGAAAAAGUUCCUGACACCCCAGUGGAAGUCCUUGUGGAUCUCCUAACAAAAGCUAAGGAGAUCGCUGCAGCAAAUGCCGCUGUGCCAGAAGAGUUGACGAGUCACCUGCAGAAGGCUGUGGAUAUCGCCCGCGGCCUGGAUGACUACCUGGAGGAAAUGACUACACGGGAAAGCGAACCUCUGGCGGAGCUUUACAAAAAAACAAUUUCCCAUGACUGGGAUCAAGCACACAAGGAGGGCAAAACCAUGUUCCGGCUUCCCAAGGAGUGCAUCACUGGCCAUGUUGAAGGCCAGACCUUGAAGAUGCUGAUCCACAUGAGCCAAGCUAAGAGGGUCCUAGAGAUCGGGAUGUUCACUGGCUACGGUGCGCUGUCCAUGGCUGAAGGGCUACCUGAGGAUGGCUGCUUGAUUGCCUGUGAGUUAGAGCCGUACCUCAAAGACUUUGCCCAGCCCAUUUUUGACAAGUCCCCACAUGGGAAGAAGAUUACUGUCAAGACUGGAUCUGCCAUGGACACCCUGAAGGAAUUGGCUGAUGCGGGUGAGCAGUUUGACAUGGUCUUCAUUGAUGCUGACAAGCACAAUUACAUCAACUACUACAACUUUAUUCUGGACAACAAUCUGCUGAGAUUGCAGGGGGUCAUUUGUGUAGAUAACUCGCUGUUCAAAGCCAAGGUUUAUCUCAAAGACACCACAGAUAACAACGGGCUGGCGCUGAGAGAGUUCAACCAGUUUGUCGCCAGUGACCCACGCGUGGAGCAGGUCAUUAUCCCUCUUAGAGACGGCAUCAGUCUUAUCCGCCGGGUGUCUGUGGCCUCUGAGUGUUCAGUGACACAGAGUAAAAUAACGGAUGAUGAAGUUUUCCGUGGGGUCAGGGGGCGUCCCAUCCUCGAGCGGCUGCGUCUUGAUGGGAAGGUGGCCUAUGUGACGGGGGCUGGGCAGGGCAUAGGCCGAGCAUUUGCUCAUGCCCUGGGUGAGGCUGGUGCAAAGGUGGCCGUGGUAGACCUGGACCAACAUAAAGCCGAGGCGGUGGCCAAAGAGCUCUUUCUUAAAGGUAUCAAUGCUACAUCGAUCACAGCCGACAUAAGCAAAUCAGAUGACGUUCAGAGGAUGAUUGACAACAUCGUCUCCAAAUGGGGGGCGAUCCACAUCGCCUGUAACAAUGCCGGCAUCAACAUGAACUCGGCCAGUGAAGACACCAGUCUGGAGGAGUGGGACCAAACCUUUAGCGUCAACCUGAGGGGGACUUUCAUGUGCUGUCAGGCGGCAGGUCGAGUGAUGUUGAAGCAAGGAUACGGCAAGAUUAUCAACACAGCCUCCAUGGCCAGUCUAAUAGUCCCUCAUCCCCAGAAGCAGCUUUCAUACAACACAUCCAAGGCUGGAGUGGUCAAACUGACUCAGACUCUGGGCACCGAAUGGAUUGACAGAGGAGUGCGAGUCAACUGCAUCUCACCGGGGAUUGUUGACACCCCUCUCAUCCACUCGGAGAGUCUGAGGCCCCUGGUGCAGCGCUGGCUGUCAGAUAUCCCUGCUGGUAGACUGGCUCAAGUGACAGACCUGCAAGCUGCAGUGGUCUACUUGGCAUCUGACGCCUCCGACUACAUGACAGGGCAUAACUUAGUCAUAGAGGGUGGGCAAAGUCUGUGGUAGAGGGGGCAGAUGAAGAGAUGAAAAGUUUUUUUUUUUUCCCCCCCUCUUCACUCUCCUGGGAUCAGUCUCCGAAAUAGGUGACACACACAUUAUCCCUUCCUGUCCCAUUCACCGCAGUGUUAGUAUAACUCCUACUGGAUGUUUAACUUUUGGUCAGUAAACAUCACUUUUAUGGUGUGAUGAGAUGACUGGCAGCUUGUCUGUGCGUCCUGCACAGAUUCGGUUUGCCGUCAGGUGUGUUAUGACUUUGGCACACUGAAUCAUGUCAAAUACUAAAAAGAGGUACAGCAGCUGCCAGUCACACAGUGGAAAUUUGCUAACAUGUCAGCGAAAGUAUCUGUAAAGUUAAAGAAAGUAAAGAAAAACUGUUACGACUGCAUGCCUUCACACCCCACACAAUGUUUGUAUGUCCUCAUGUCAUUAUUUUAUACAUCAAAAAGCUGCUUAAACAUUUUUGAUAUGUGACUGUUAAAUACCUCUGAAAGACACUGAUCGUUUUUAUUGUAUCUGUGACACAAAGACUGAACACACUUGAAAAGUUUACUUGAUUUUUCCAGCACUAUUUCAUACACAUGAAUGAAAGAAAUGACAGUUACGUAUGGUUGCAAAGGGGUGGCUUUUUUUUGCAUGAGUACGUGAAAAGUGCAUGACUGACUGACACAUGUAAGUGUUUUACACUUUAUGUCCACACCAAAGGAAAAAUCUUGUUUACUCGGUCUAAAUGUUCUCACAAGUGCCUAUUACAGAAUGAUUGGUUCAGUGCUGGCCACCAGUUUACAGCGGAAUGGGAUGCCAGCAAGUUAUAUCGCGCACCUUGACUUACCACUCCCUCUGGUCCAAGACUCUUGUGUACCGUGUGCGGGAUUACAGCAUCCCAGUCCGCCUCUCUCCAGCUCUUUCUUGCCAAAUGGUCCCCACAAGUGGUACUUGUGAGCGCCAUCUUAAUUGCUCCAUUAACUGUUUGUGUGCUGAAAAACAAUACUUAAAGGAGAGGUUAGCGGAGGACGUGACCCCAGCUGCUGCAAUUAUAUGAAAAGUAGCGGCCAAUUAGCACUCUCUGCAAUGUGACACUGUUGGUGUUUAUGUGAGCAACUUCAACUUCUCACUGUUAGUGACCGUUCUCUGAUUUACAUAAUUGGGGGAUUGGUCAUUAAUGGGAAUGGCGUGUGAGAGGAUCCCAUUAAGAUAUGGAGUGAGAUCUGAUCAUCUCCUCUGCUCUGUGUGAUUUAUCUCCAGCUGCAUUGGCACAUUAGAAAUUAUUGGGAUUCUUAUCCUCCUAUUUUAUGGUGAAAUGUCGAAGUUUGCCAUAGUGUGUGCAUGCAAGGUCUUGCAGAAUUUGUUCACAGGAGGGCAAAUUGUCUGUUGGAGGCCAUUUCCCUGUCUUGCCACUGAGGGGCAGUAUAAAGUCAGGCAGCAGCAGCACUGACACAAGGACACAAAGUUGCAGCACGAGGUUAUCACAUUAUUUGCCACCAUCUAAAGGUAAUAACAGUGAACUCUGUCUUACGUGUAUGUGAUAAAAUAAGAACACCUCUCCAAUUCUAGUAUGCAAACAGCUCUACAGGAGAGACAAUCAUAGAAAUACUGAAUAAAUGGUCAUACUUUCAAUUAAAUGUGGUUUGAUAGUGGACAGCUGCAUUUCAAAUGCAUUAAAAAUGUAAUUAUAUCCAUCACUUUUCAAGAGGAGAUUGGAAUAGUCUUUAAAGUCCAAAGACAAUGAGGUGCAAAUAGGAGUCUGUGGCAGCAGUCAAUAAAGUGCAAUAUCCAUUUGCAUCUGCAGACCAAAUCUUUACUGAAGACAAACACGAUUCAACCUCAGGGUUUUUCAUUUAUAUUUUUCCAAGUUGAAUAAAGUUGGGACACGUACUGUGGUUAGUUUUGACAGUUGGUACAAAUAAAAGCGUUUGUUCCAUCCCUAAGUCUGCCAGAAAGGAUGCAUAAAGACACCCAUUUGAGACCAAAAGCUUGUUUUACCCACAGUCCUGUUUUGCUGUCAUCAUUCAGCGGCAGUGUCUAAACUGUUGUUUUGCCGUCAUGUUUUGCACCAUAUUAAACUCGUUCAAAGCCCUCUUGGCAAGGUCUUGUUUUCCUUUACAAUUGCUGCCAGAAGAGCCAAAUCUAUAAUUUGAGCAGCAAAAUGUGAUAUCCCCUCGUACGCCACAGCCUGCUUCAUGAGGUGUAAGUGAUCUUGAAUCCAUUAUUUAUGACCUCCUUACCAUUACAGUGAAGAGUGGGACCCUGUUGUACACGGCGCUGUUGUGCUAAACAGUUCUCCUGCAGAAAAAGGCACUUGCGCCCUCACACUGAAAAUCAACUUUGAUUAAUGCUCCGCUCUGUCACGGCAUGCAACAUUUUACAGCAGCAGCCAUUCAGAGGGAGACCCGGGUCGAUGCCGAACAACACGUUGAGGCAGUACGUGUUGCAGAGGAGGCUGUGUCCUGGUGACAAGAGGACCCAAGGGUUUAUGGGUGACAUAUUAACAUUUGACAAUAUCAAUACACUUUUAUUGAUGGAUUAUAGCGUCCUGUUACCUACCCACUCAGUGAGGUGUUUGAGGAUGAAAUGUUACCCUGUAUAAAUUGAGUUGAGCCCCCUGAUGCUAUCAUCAAAGGUAGGGCUGUGCAACAGCAAAAUGAA